AUGCCUGAGACAUGCCACCGUCCAAUUUGUUACGCACACGGCAUGAUACCUCUAUUCACUAUGGAUAGCAAAGAGAUUAAAAGCAAAUUAAAAGCUGCCCGUGAAGCGCUUAAAAACAAAGAUCACAAAGAAGCAUUGAAACACUGUAAGGCUGUACUGAGUUUCGACAAAAACAACUACAAUGCUCUGGUUUUUGCUGCCGUGGCUGCUGCAGAGAUGGACCAGCCAGAACAAGCCAUAAAAGCUUACCAACGAGCCAUUGAGACAAAUCCCAACCAGAUCCUUGCUUGGCAGGGACUCUGCAGUUUUUAUGAAAAGAAACCAACAGAAGACAGCCAAACAGAACUUGUGUCAGUUUACAACAAACUACAAGAACUCUAUGAAAAUGAUCAGGAAAAACGUUCUGAGACUUUGCAAAAGUUGGCUGCUCUCUCCUCGGAAAUGGGAUUUAUUGAACAGGCUGUCUCUGCUUAUCAGAAGCUGAUGAGUGUGACUGGGGAAACUUCACACAGAGGAAUUACUGCUUUAAAGGAAUUGUCACAACUACUUGAGAAGGACAAAGAUCAGUCAGAGAUGCAUGGAAAUGUGUUGGCUUCCUGCUAUAAGAAAUGUUUAGAAAGUCAAAAUGUGCCUUCAGAAGAGAAACAAUGGUUAACAGAGGGAUACAUCUCAAGUCUGGUCAAGAACAAUGAUCAAGAAUUUCUCAAAUUGGAGAUUAACCGCUUAUUGGCUGUUGAUCCUGAAAAUCAAAAUCUUAUUGAUUACGCCCUUUUGUUGGAAUUGGAUGCAAACAUAGGAAAGUUAAUGCCAUUGUUUAGUAAAUUCUUCACUGACUGUGUGAACAAAGCAGCCACAUCUGUUGAGGAAACAUCAGCCAUUAUGAAGAUCUGCAUUGGUGCUUGUGCCAUCAUUUCAAAAGAUUACAAUACGGCCACUGAACUACUAAAAAAAGGUCUACAACAGAAUUCUUUGAUUUAUUGUGGGCAUUACUACCUAAUGUUAACUUUGUAUCAUCUUCAUGAAACAACAGUGAUUGAGAAAGCAUACAACAUGGCUCUUAAAGCCAUUCCCAAAAAGGUUGGCUGCUUGACAAUCAGCCCAAGCAGUUUGAUAGCAUCUCUCCACAUGUUGCAGGCAAAGAUAUGCCUUCAGCAAACUUCUCUUGGAAUGGUUAACAACAUGGUGAAGAUCCUUCAGGAGACUACAGUUGAAGACAGAGAGAUUGUCUUGACCAUUGCCUACCUUUAUAUAAAGCUAGAGAAAUAUGAACAGGCAGCGGAGUAUGCUGAAAAAUUGUCUGAAGCUGUAGAAGAUGCAGAAGUCAUUGCUUUGAGAGGCUGGAUCCACUUUCAUGAAGGGGAUUUUACUAAAGCUUUGGAAAAAUUGUCAACAGCAGUAUCCUUGGAACCUAACAACAGUAAGUUUCAGUUGAUGCUAGGCCGUACAUAUUGGCAAUUGAAAGAUAUCUCCUCUGACUUGAGCACCGAGGAAUGUUCACAGAAAUGUUUUGCCUCACUAUUGCAGGCUGCUAGAUUUGAUCCAUACAAUGGAGAAAUUUUUCUCUACCUUGGACAUUUUUAUCUUUAUGGCCAACAAAAUAAAGAAAAAGCUAAAAAAUGUUAUCAGAAAGCUUUUGACCUUGACUCUGAGAAUGCAGAAGUCGGUGCUGCCUUUUGUGACAUCAUGAUGGACAGUAGAGAUGAUAAAGUUUUGGAAUAUCUCAAGUCUGUUACAGCAAAGGCAGGACCUGGCAGUGCAAAAUGGGCAUGGCUUAGGCUGGGCCUACAUCAAUUGAAAAAUGAAAAUCCGAAUGCAGCUGUCACUGCUCUACAGGCAGCCCUGCUUUUUCUCAUGAAAUCAUACAAAAUAAUGGCAAUAUUGAUUCUGCUUUUUAUCCAUUCCUGUCUGUUCGCUCUCCCUGUUCAUUCCUGGCUUCCUGGCUGUUUGCUCUCUUUGUCCGUUCCCGUCUGUUUGCUCCCCCAGUCCGUUCCCGUCUGUUCGCUCUCCCUGUGCGUUCCCAUCUGUUCGCUCUCCCUGUGCGUUCCCGUCUGUUCGCUCCCCGUGUCUGUUCCCGUCUGUUCGCUCUCCCUGUCCGUUCCCGUCUGUUCGCUCUCCCUGUCCGUUCCCGUCUGUUCGCUCUCCCUGUCCGUUCCCGUCUGUUCGCUCCCCGUGUCCGUUCCCGUCUGUUCGCUCUCCCAGUCCGUUCCCGUCAGUUCGCUCUCCCAGUCUGUUCCCGUCUGUUCGCUCUCCCUGUCCGUUCUUGUCUGCUUGUUCUGUGCUCACUCUCUCUGUCCAUUCCUGUCUAUCUGUUCCUAUCUCUUCACUGCCUAUUCCUAUAUAGUCAGUCAUGUGUGGGAAUGUCUGGGUGAAGCCUAUGUUAAUCGUGGUAGCUACACAGCAGCCCUGAAAGCCUUUACAAAAGCAUCAGAGUUGGAUCCUCAAUCCAUAUACAGCCAAUACAUGAUUGCAUCUAUUAAACAGACUCUUGGAUUAUUCUCAGAAUCGGUUCCUGAAUAUAAACUCAUACUUGAGAAGGAGCCUUAUUAUGUUCCUGCACUGAAAGGAAUUGGAGAAACAUUACUACUGCAAGCAAAAUCAUUUCUCUCAAGGUUUCUUGACUGCCGUGUACUUGAUGCUUGUGAAGAAGCCAUUUUCUACCUCACCAGAGCUGCUGGUCAAAGGCCGGAUUUAUCUUGUUUGUGGAAACUGCUUGGAGAUGCUUGCACUCUGCCAUAUAUUGUGGACAGGAAGAAUUUCAGAGACAUUAUGAUUCCUUGUAAGCUGUUACAAGCAAAUAACAAAGACCCUGAAAAAAAAACAGGAGUGACAAAGAGUGUUUUACUGGAACUGGGCUCUAGAUGUUAUGGACGGGCCCUGAAAAUUUACCCAGAAUGCGCUUCUCUCUGGCAUGACCUAGGUAUCAACUUCCUUUAUCAGUCACGGGAAUUACAUGACCGCUGCAAAGAUGAGAACCAAAGUGAUGACUCUGAGGUGAAAGUGAGGAUUCAAAAAGCUUUGGAUAUCUUAAAGCAGGCUAUUACUCUUGAUCCUCAGAACUGUAAACAUUGGGAUGCAUUGGGGAUUGCUCUCUGUUCAAAAGAUUGUUUCAACCCUAAAUUGGCUCAGCAUUGUUUCAUUAAAUCCAUUCAAGUAGAAAACAAUAAUGCUGUUGCUUGGACUAAUUUAGGUGCCCUUUACCUGAAGAGCAGCAACCUACAGUUGGCUCAUGAAGCAUUUAAAGUUGCUCAAAGCCUUGAUCCCAGUUAUGUUGGAUGCUGGAUUGGACAGGCAAUCAUUGCUGAAUCUGUUGGCCAUGAAGAUGCCAUGGAUUUGUUUCGUCACACAACUGAAUUAAGCAACCAUACAGAAGCUUGUAUUGGCUAUGGUCAUUGGGUUUGCUCUACUCUUCUAGACACGAACAAAGUUAACACUGAAUUAUAUCAAUACAGCAUUGAACAACUUGCUGCAGUCCCUGCAGCAUCUGAUGCACUUGCAAAAUACACAGAACGUAUUCAUAAUGAUUCCCUUGCUUUCAACAUGUAUGGAAUCUUGCUGGAACGUCAAGGUUUGCUGUCCUUAGCAAAUCGGGCAUUUGAGAAAGCUGUGGACAUAUUGGAAAUGGAAGAACCUGAUUCUGAGAACUUGCAGAAAGCCAGAAGCAAUCUUGCUCGAGUCAAGGGUUCAAUGGGAUAUUUCAAGGGUGCCUUAAAACAGUAUAAGCUCAUGAAGCCGCUAGACAAUUUGGAAGAUUUGUGUGGCUUGGCAUUGACUCUUUUCAAAAAUGAACAAUUCAAAGAAUGUUACCAAGCUUACAGCAAGGUAUUGCAAAUAACCGAGGAAUAUCGUUCUCAUGUUAUGACUGCUCAAGCAUUUGCCUUGUUGAACUCAGGAAAUGUUAGUGCUGCUGUUGAACUGCUGAUGACUGCAUCUCAGCUGACUCCACCCUCAGUGGAAGGCUUAAAGGCUUUGUGUGCAAUUGGCUUACUGAGGAGUGAUCAGGCCUUAACUUCAGCUGUGGUUCAAGAGCUACUGAAAAUGGAAGACCCAGAGCAAGAACAUUUGGUUGAUAUCACCUGGUUAACUGCAGCUGAAAUGAUUAACAAAGGUAACUUGCAAGAGGGCCGUUGUUACAUUCAGAAAUUAGUGCACAAAUAUCCCUGGCGAGCACCUCUGUGGAUUCUGAUGGCCAAAGUCAUUAUGUGGUUUGCACCAGAAGAUGCACAAAUGGCUUCUUCUUGUAUCCUCUAUGCCCAACAAAUUGACUGCAGCUUGAAUAAGAAUGUGGCACCAUUGCUUGUUCAAAGUCUCCUUGCUGCUGGUUUGCAUUGCAGUUGGAAUACCAACCAAAAUGGAUUCUCUGUGGCUCAAAAGGCCUAUCAUGUCCACCCUGAUGACCCUCAUAGUAUGAUCAACCUGGUCUCCGGCAUUCAUGCUGGGGCUGUGAUUAAACAGUGUGUCAAGCAGAAAGUCCCAGACUCACUCUAUUUCACAGAGAUGAUGUUCAUAGACCAUAUCCUCUUAGAGAUGGCAGAAGAGAUUGCUUCCAGUGUCAGCCAAUGGAUGUGGAAGCUAAAAUCAUGGACAGCAAUGUAUAUUUUCCCCUCAAUAGAAGAUCUGAAAUUUGUGUGGAAACAAAUGCUGGAAAGUUCUGCAUUUCGUGGAGAUAAAAGUUUUAAUGUUUUGGCGUACAUCCGUACCCUGGAAGGAGUUAAAGUGCAUGACCUAGACAUUGUGAAGGAAGGAGUUGUACAAGCAGGAGGUCUCCUGAAGUUCUGGCAGAUACUCGAAGAAGUCAGCAUUCAUCAGGGCAUGGUUGAAGAUGCUGAGUUUAUUGCUGGACAGUGUGUGAAUCUGGCCCAGGCAGACAGUGCCAGACAAGGCCGAUUACUUCCAAUGAUCCGUAUUGCUCUGUACAGUUUUAAAAGACUCAUGAAGGAGAAAAGUUGCCGCUACAGUCUUUCGAUGUUUGAGGAAGCUGUGAAAGAAGUCUUAGAGUUGGAUCCUCUCUGCACCAUGGCCAACUUGAUGUGUGGGGUGGUGGGACAUCAUACAGGGUCCAAAAAAAGGAAUGUCUGUGAUGAUUUAGAACAAGUCGUGAAUGACGACAAAGUGACUGGUGGACUUGGAUUUGCUGCUUCUAUUGCCCGACAGCAUUUACUCUGUGAAAUCAUGAAGAACAAAGGAAGUGACCCUUUCAAAUUGAAGAGUCUUCUCAAGGAUGCUCAACACUACAGGGAUUUAGACACCAUCAAUUUAUACAAAGCUCUGGAAUGUGAAUAG